CCACCGGGCACCUCCGCAGCCCGCAUAUGGGCCCGGACCGACUGCCAGUUCGACGGGGCAGGACGUGGCACGUGCCAGACGGGCGACUGCGGCGGGGUCCUCGACUGCAAGGGCUACGGCGCGGCCCCCAACACGCUGGCGGAGUACGCGCUGAAGCAGUUCCAGGACCUCGACUUCAUCGACGUGUCGGUCAUCGACGGGUUCAACGUGCCGAUGGAGUUCAGCUCGGCGUCCGGGAACUGCGGGCGCGUGAUAAAGUGCGGAGGAGGGAACAUUGUGGAGCAGUGCCCCAACGAGCUGAAGGUGGAGGGCGGCUGUAACGGCGCGUGCCCGCAGCUGAAGAGGGAGGAGUUCUGUUGUAAUAACUCGGGUGCGAAUUGUGGGCCCACGGAUUAUUCGAGGUUUUUCAAGGAGAGGUGCCCUGAUGCUUAUAGUUACCCUAAAGAUGACCCGACCAGCACUUUUACUUGUCCUUCUGGGACUGAUUAUAGGGUUAUUUUCUGUCCUUGA